UUUUGAACAACCAUGGUGGCCGUUUGCCAAUCAAGAUCAAAGCGGCCCCCGAAGGUAUGGUCGUACCAGUCAAGAAUGUGUUGAUGACCGUGGUAAACACAGAUCCGAAAUGCUUCUGGCUGACGAAUUACUUGGAGACCUUGCUAGUUCAGGUUUGGUACCCCAUGACUGUAGCAACGCAGUCUCGAGAACAGAAGAAGAUCAUUAUUGAUUACCUGCUCAAAACUGGAACGGAUCUCAAGAAUAUGCCCAACGAGUUACCGGCACCGCUAAAGCUGAUCAGCGUUGGUUACCAGCUCAACGACUUCGGCUGCCGAGGUGUCUCCUCCAUGGAAACGGCUGCGAUCGGUGGCGCGGGGCACUUAGUAAAUUUUGCAGGCAGUGACACAAUGCCAGGUCUCUGCAUGGCAAUCGACUACUACAAGCAACCAUUAGCAGCAUGCAUCGGGACUUCUGUUCCAGCGGCUGAGCACUCGACGAUCACCAGUUGGGGGCGGGAUGGCGAGAAGGAUGCUUUCAAGAAUAUGUUGACGCAGUACCCGGAGGGCAUCGUCGCUGUGGUCUCGGAUUCAUACAACAUCUACGAUGCUUGCGAGAAGCUCUGGGGCAAAGAACUCAAGGACAUUGUGGCGAGCCGCAAGGCACCUCCAGGCAAGCUCGUUGUCCGCCCUGAUUCUGGUGAUCCGAAGAAAAUCGUGGUGGAAGUCCUCGACAGGCUUGCCAAAAACUUCCCCCCUACAAAGAAUGCCGCAGGCUUCAAGGAGCUGCCGCCUUACAUUCGCGUCAUCCAGGGCGACGGUAUCUCAAUUGAGUCCUUGCGUGAUAUCCUGGAGAACAUGACAAAGCACAAAUGGGCGGCCACAAACGUCUGCUUUGGCUCUGGCGGCGCUCUGCUCCAGAAGAUGGACCGCGACACGCAGAAGUGCGCGUUCAAGUGCUGCGAGAUCAUCGUCGAUGGCAAGCCACGCCCGGUGUACAAGGAUCCCGUAACCGAUCAGGGGAAGAAGUCCAAACAGGGCAGGCUGAAGCUAGUCCGUCAGAAUGGCAAGAUCACUACGCUGACUGAUGGGCAGGGCGCGGAGGAAGAUGACCUGCUCGUGGAGGUGUUCUGCAAUGGUAAAGUGACGAAGACGUUCGACUUCGGCGCGGUCCGCACUGAAGCUGAGAAAGGCAUGGUUGUCCCAAUCUUCGAUGUGAAGAUGUAGAGCAGCCCUCCAACAUCGAAGACGUGAUUGUAUACGUUCUUGCCUCCUCCUGUUUGCGGAGCCAGUGCAGUGGGGGCGUUGGGCCACAGGCGUCCUCGUCACCACUCUCCCAGCUCGGCUCGGGCGCCCCCCGAGCGUGAAUGGGGCCUCCCCCGGCUGCACGAGGCAGCAGGCCCACAGAGCGUGUAUUGGUUUCCACCUCCUCCUGCUCUUCCGAACGAUGGCUGCUCGUCCGCCUCCCCCUCUCCGCUGACUUUGGCUGUUUGACCCCCCUGCCCACGGCCGGGAGGCAAUGGAGGGUCGGGCGCUCUUGCCUCGACUCUGCGGGGCGCGCGAAGCCGCGCCCGCAGGCGCAAGCGCGUCAUUUUGCGAACUGGCCCGUCAGCAGCUGCCUCAAGGGACGGCCUCUCAUCAGUUGGGAAGCAGGUGGUUUUCUCGCACAUACAUAAGCAAACCUUGCGGAGUGGGUCGGGCGGUCCUCGACUGGCCGCCCGACUGCACACACUUCGGAUUUCCCCCGACCGUGCGGAAAA